UGCUCAUUAUGCCCUACGAAAAUAAGAUUUAUAGGAUUCCUUUUUACGGUUAUAAAAAGCACUGGCUUCCAGCCCUACCUGUACUUUGGAGUCACCUGGGGCAUUUGAAAACAAUACCUGUGCCAGAGCCCCAAUGCCUAGAGAUUCUGGUUGUUUUGGGGUUGGCCUGGGCAUUGGGAUUUUUUAAAAGUUUCUCUUCCUCUCCCCCAUGCCCCCCACCGCAAACCCCAAAACCAAACCUGUUGCCACUGAGUCAAUUCUGACUUAUGGCGACCCCAUGUGUUACAGAGUAGAACUGCUCUAUAGGGCUUUCUCGGCUAUUGUCUUUAUGGAAGGGGGCUGUGGUGGCACAGCGGGUAAGUGCUCAGCUGCUAACUGAAAGGCUGGUGAUUUGAACCCCCCAGCCACCCCAUGGAAGAAAGAUGUGGCAGCUUGCUUCUAUAAAGACUACAGCCUUGGAAACCUUGUGGGGUAGUUCUGUUCUGUCCUAUAGGGUCAGUAUAAGUCAAAAUGGACUCAACGGCAAUGAGUUUUUUUUUUUUUUUAGUCUUUAUGGAAGUAGUUCGCCACGCUAUUCUUUUGUGAGGCCACUGGGUGGGUUUGAACUGCCAGCCUUAAGGCUAGUAGUUGAUUUUAAGCCACUGGAACUGAGUUCUGAUGAACAGCUGGAGUUGAGAAGCCCUGCUGAGCAACAGUACUUAACAACAUGCUGGCGUGCCUGUGUGUAGUGUAAAUAAGCGCUGGUGCCUUUUUCAAGGUUACCUUGGGAGACCUGCCCUUGCUUAGGACUUUGGAGGAAAUUCUGCUUUCGGAAUUACCCUCUGGUCCAGUGUGAGAGCCCACGAAAACAGUCUCAGAUGACUUAGUAUGGGGGCCCACCUGUUGCAUGUGGGAUUUGGGGCAUUUAGUGCUUGACAAGCACAGCUUCUUGUUAUUUUUUUUCAUUCAACAGAUAUUUGCUGAGCAGCUGGCAUGUGCCAGGUGCUCGGUCUGUGACAGACAACGGGAUACUGCCUUCCGGAGUUUCUGUUCCCCUGGGGGAGAGGGGUGUGGAUAGUGAGAAACAAAUUUAAUGAUCACCGAUGGCAAUUCUCCAUUUCUAGAAUUUGGUCUUUUCGAGAAUGUUGUGUAUGUGGCCGGUUGGAGGAUGUGGCCUGCUGGGAGUGGCUUCCUUUGCUCAGCACACCGCUGCUCUGGAGGUUCAUCCAGGUUGUAGUUCUUUUGGGUGGUUCCUUUUCAUUGCUGGUUCGGAGGUGUGGCAGGGCCGCAGUUCGCUUAACCAUUCACCUGUCGAGGGACACCUGGGUCGCCUCAAGUUUUGGGCUGUUGCAGGUGAAGCUGCUACACAGAGUGUGCAGCUUAACAAAGAAAUGACGCUCACCAGCAACCGAAGCCUGGCAGAAGGGAACCUGUUGUACCAGCCACGACUGGACAGUCUGAAAGCAAGUCUGACCCAAAAAUACCAGGAACUCCAGGUGCUAUUUGAAGCCUAUCAGAUAAAGAAGACCAAACUUGAUAAACAAUCGAAUAACGCUUCCUUGGAGACCCUGCUGGCACUUCUUCAAGCUGAAGGGGCCAAGAUUGAGGAAGACACGGAGUGUCACUGCGUCUUUCAGAACAUGGCGGAGAAGUUCCUUGAUGGAGAGCUUUCUCUAGACUCCUUCAUUGACGUCUAUCAGAGUAAGCGGAAGCUGGCCCACAUGCGGAGAGUUAAAAUUGAGAAACUCCAGGAGAUGGUGCUGAAGGGGCAGAAACUCCCACAGGCCCCGGCCCCGCUGCCACCCAGGGUGCCCGAGCCUGCGCUUGCCACCCCCCUGUCCUACCCCGCCCCCGAGGCCAGCGGGCCGCUCGCUGUUGUGCCACGGCGCGUCCCCCCUCCGCCACCCCCGGUGCCAACAGGAUGCUUAGCCACACCGUUCGCAGCCGCCACGGGCUUGGGACAGGCCCUUCCGUACGCUGGAUUGCAGUGCCCUCCACUGCCCCCCCGAGUGGGCCUCUCAUCUGCCGGCUUUCCCCACCAGCAGGGCUUCUCCGCACAGUUCGUGUCGCCGUACCCGCCUGCCCUCCCUCAACGGCCCCCGCCCCGGCUGCCCCCGCACCAGCCGGGCUUCAUCCUCCAGUGAGUGACCCGUCUCUCCUGAGACUCGCCUGCCGGUGGCGUCUGCAGGCCUUUGCACGCAUGAGAGGGCACGUCGCUGGGCUGCGGAUCCUGGCCACCGUGGCCUAUGGUGUUAGAGUUGAGCUGUGGGGGCCGCCUGCAGACUGGCACCCUGCAUGGGGGCAGGGUGCAGCCUCAGUGUGCUUCCCAGAUAUUUUCGUGUCAGUGAACUUGGGAGCUAAAAAACCCUUCCGCCCCGUCCCGUUUAGAACCUGGUCCUCCCGUCGCAGCUCACGAAUUGUCGUUCAUUUGGCUCCUUCAUCAGGUUUAUUCUGAAAGGCUGUCCUGUGGGCCCUGGCAGGGCCAGCUGGAAGGUGCCCCCCAGCCCCAGCGGGCGGUCGUGCUGUCUGUGAACCUGGGGGUCACCCUCCCAAUCUCCUGUCCGCCCUGACCCCGGCUGCUUGUGAGAGGCCCGAGAGCCACCGUGGAGUCUGCGCCGGGCCAGCCACCGCGCCUGGAGCGGGCUGGUAGAGGAGCUGGGAGCGGUUCUCGCCCAGCAGCCGGGCCUGGUGCUGCCUCAGCUCCGUGCCAGCCUGGCGUGUUUCUGCCCGAUGUGGGCCCCUGGUGUUUUACUCUUUGUGUACUUUCACUCUUUUGUAUUGGCUAGAAACCUUUUUGACACUCGUGAGAUUAUUCAGGGAAACUAUAAAAAAUGCACAUCUUAUCCUGAGCAGGCUGAGCAGCGGAUGAAGUGGGUGCAAUGUCCUUUCUUGUAAGUGGUGCACAGUCCCCCUGCGGUGCCCGUGCUGUGCCUUAGCGCCACCUGGUGCCAGGAUUGGGCCGGGAGGGGCCGCCAGGCGCCCCUUCCUCCAGGGUUGGGUAUACCUUGGCGGGCUGUGCCUGCCAGACCCCAGAGCAGAGUGGUUCUGCUUUCAGGGAGGAAGGGCUUGUUCACGCUCAUUGUUUGGUUACAGGCGGGAGGACGGUCCUGCCGCUGCCAGCCAGGAUCCGCUUAGCCAACGUUCCCUGCCUCUGGCUGGCUGCCGCCUUGGGCAGCAGCGGGUUGUGGGGCUGGGCAGGGAUGGUGUGGGGUGCGCUCUGAGAAGCGUUUUGUCUUGGAGAAGGCCCGGCUCCCAGGCUCUUCACCUUGCAGGCACACGUACGUUUUGACAGAUGAAGGCCUGGGUGCUCGUUGGAGUUCGUGACACCUCAUCCUGUCACCUGUUAGACAGCCGGCCCCUAAUGAUCCCCGCCUAGCUGGCUGCUGCCCAGGGUGACAGAAUCUCACAGGGCAGAGGUGGUCUGCUCAGGAGUGCCACGGGUGGGGCUGCCAACCUUCGUACUCAGUGAUCCUCUGCUCUGCUCCUGGACUUGAACUCUACUGUAUUGUAACUUUUUUAAACAAAACUGUACAGGACAUUCAGCGCCACGCCAAUUGGGUGGGCUCACCCCGUCCUGGAACCUCGGGAACUGGUGCCACUUGCUCCUAGGAUACCUCUGUGGCUGCCCGCCGCCGCCAAGAUGCCCAGCCUGGCAGCAGAGCCGGCGCCAGAAGUGUGAGCACAGCUGUGGGUGUUGUGAAGGGGCCACGGCUGAAGCUGUGCUCUGAGGCUGUGGGACCUUUUAAUGAACAAAUGUCUUCCUAACAAUCCUGUCGCUUACUUACUUGGGGACCUUCGUCAUGGAGUGGUUCUGAAAUGUCAGUGAGCAAAGUUCCAGCAGUAAACGGAUUGGUCGGGCUAGUGCUGAAGUUAAAUACAAAGCACCCACCUGAGACCACCCAAGUGUCCACCUUGGGUCAGGCCCCCGGCACCGGCAGCAGGGCCUUAUCCUGUACGUUUACGUUCCAGUAAACAUCAGGGAAGGGCAGCAAGGAGCACGGCACGUCUCCCCCAACCCCGCUCCCACCCCAUAGGAGAGCGUGUCUUUAGGGCCACCGCCCUGCCGGGGACUCUGGGCCUCUGUUCACAGUGUCACCACUGUGUGCUGUACAGCCAAUGGAAACUCAAGUUACGAUGUUCUCUGGUUAUUUCAAAUAAAUGGUAGAAUUCCA